AUGAUUCCCUCGAUAGCUUCGUCGCUGCUACUGGUAGUACUGGCUUCCACCGCAAAUGCACAAACAACCGCUGUUUCCGAUCCACUCCUGGUCGGCACUUGGUCGUCAAAAUCAAGAACCGUCUUGACAGGUCCAGUAUGUGUCCUAUCCGACUUUUACGAUCCGGUCGCGGAGCUGAUGAAAGAACCGCGUUUGCCCGGAAGCUCCUUCUCGUUUACGGCUGACGGGUACUACGAGGAGGCGCUCUACCUCGUUAUAUCAAACCCGACCCAGCCGAGUUGUCCCACGGCGAUGCUACAAUGGCAGCACGGCCAGUACACAGUCUAUGCCAACGGCUCCCUAAUCCUCACGCCGAUAAAGAUCGAUGGCCGCCAGUUGUUCUCGGACCCGUGCAACUACGAUAAGUCGAUCUUUACACGCUACAACCAGACGGAGCUGUACAAGUGGUACGAAAUCUUCACGGACACAAACCACGACAAGAAGCGGCUAAAUCUGUACAAACACGACGGCUCUCCAAUGAAUCCGAUGUACUUGGAAUACACACCACCGCAGAUGUUACCCACGACGACGCUGCACCCGCUGCCGACCGCCACCACGGCGAGCAAAGAUAAGGGGAAGCUGAGGAAGAGGGAUUUCCUGCCCAAGGCUCUGAAGAAGGCGGACGAUAUCAAUGCGGACCAGAUCUGGUGGGUCGGUGUAGGCUUGACUGGGCUGGGCCUGGUCGGCUGUCUGUGGGUCUAG